CUUCACACAACAUCAAGUGCAUCGCGAAAUGUCCGGUAUGUAAAAAUCUUAUGCAAUAUGGCCGACGAAAGUAGCAAGUUAUUAAAAGAUUCGCUCAAGAACCUUCUCACUUCUGGGGAGUACUCUGAUUUCACAAUAAAUUGCAAGGACAAGACAUGGAGGGUUCAUAAAGCAAUUGUCUGCCCUCGAAGCGGGUAUUUCGCUAGGGCGGUGAAUUUCGGCAGAGAGGCUAAAGAUAGAAUGAUAGAUCUCUUAGAAGACGAAACGGAGAUUGUGGGCUUGAUGCUCGAAUACCUGUACAUUGGCGACUAUACGGUACCGACAACCGACAAAACUGAUCUGGUCUUUCCACAUACAUGCAACGAUUCGAAUUUGCACGCAUUUGUAUGUAGCCAUCACGCCUGUGCAACCCAACUCAGGGUUCGGGACUGGAGUUGCGGUGGCCGUGGUUGCAUUCCUUCUCCCGAUAUUUUCCCGGCUAAUCUAGUUCACCAUGCUAGAUUGUACGAACUUGCCGAUAAGUACCAAGUCAUGGGGCUCAAGUCUCUGGUCAGAGAAAAGUUCAUAUUGGCGUGUCAGUCGUUCUGGAAUACCUCUAAGUUUCCAAUAGCUGCAGAGAUUGUAUUCGCAACAACGCCCGAAGAGGAUAAAGGUUUAAGGGAAGUCGUCGUAAGCACGAUUUCAGACCAUAUGAUACUCCUCAAGCAACCGGAGAUGGAGUCACUGAUGGUAACAUAUAAUGGGUUGGCAUAUGGGCUUCUGAAGAUCAUGCUCGAGGCGGGUGGGUGGCAGUAACCCUAUAAGGUGAAUGGUGCUCUGCACAUCCAGAAUAUGCACUGGCAUUCAUUUUGCAACUCGAUAGUCUUUAUAUGGGCCGGUGCUCAGAGUUUUGCAUUAGUCCCCAAAGCCUUUUUCACCAAUUCGACAGCUCGUUCGGCAGUGCCCCUAUCACAUCUAUCAGUACCGGGAAAAGGUCACGCAGGGUAGUUCGUGUCUCAACUCACCAUGAAGACUGAUAUCCUGCUCCCGAAUGUCCAUAAUUAUGGACGACUGGAAUACCAUUACCCCCUUUCUCCAAUUCAAUUCUAGGCCCGCCUUUUCGAGAAGCUAAAUUUUUUUUCAUCAGCAUGUUGGAUUAGCAGCUUUUCGGCCAUCAAUUCGAUAGAGCAGAGGAAAAUAUUGGAAGAGCGAGAAG